AUGAACGACCCGGAAUCGCCCAUGUCAGACAACGAAACUUAUGAUGCCAACUUGGCGGAAGCCCACGUCCAGCUCCUCGAAGACAAGCCAGUGUCGAAAGAGGAGUCCAGGUCCGCCAGAGAAGCGACGUUGAAGUUGAAACAAAGAAUCCGAGAAAAGAAAAUUCAAAUGGGGCGCCCCGUCUCGCCAGAUGUCGAAACUUUGAGACAAGGCAACGUUGUCGAAGACGAUGCGACCUUAAUCCACGAGUUUCACGGCAAAUUGAUAACUCUCCACCCCGGCAACAUCGUGAGAAAGUCCAGCCGUGCCAUUGGCUUGCAUGAGGCCGAUGCCCUGCGCGUGGCCUCGGAGGCAGGAUUGCCAGCACCUCGCUCCCACGGCACCAACGUCACGCCCGACGGACGAAACCAAAUCUUCAUGAGCUACAUCGAAGGCCAGACACUGUCUGCUAUCUGGACAGAACUCUCAACCGAAGAGAAGCGAUCGUAUGCCAAGCAGCUACAGCAGAUUCUCAAAGCAAUGCGAGCCGUUCCCCCGCCGGCUGACGGAUACAUUGGCUCCUGUGACGGCAAAAUGAUACGCGAAGCCCGCAUGUAUAUGUCAUAUCGUGCACCGGCCUGCUACGGUGAAGAGCAAUUCAACCAUCACCUCAUAGCCAGCGUCCACCCGGAACUGCCACAGGCAAUAGUCAAGGCGCUGGCUGGCAGAUUGGAAAAGAUGCCGAAGCAUCGUGUUGUUUUGACGCAUUGUGACUUGGCACCGAGGAACAUAAUGGUAAAGGACGGGAAGAUCACUGGCCUCGUCGAUUGGGCGGAUGCUGGGUGGUAUCCGGAGUACUGGGAGUAUGUCAAGUUCUUUCAGAGAAGGGCCGCGAUGGAGAGGGACUGGCCAGCCUACUCCAGUGAUAUUUUCCCGUGCGAAUAUCCGGAUGAACUUGUGGACUAUAUAGCUGUCUCUGCAUACCACGCAAUGUAG